AUGAUCCAACCCUCGAGAGUCCUGAAGCCGAUCCACAGACCCACGGUUCUCGCUCUACACACCGACUGCUUUGAUGUCAUCCAUCGACAUCCGGUCACUGCCGUUGCCGCACAACCCGACCCUUGGCUGCUCACCAUUGGACCCUAUGCGAUCAGCACGAGCGUGGAGAUGGAGGAGAGCGCCGACCAGCAGAGCGCUCUACCGCGCGGCCUCUCCAAUCCGAUGAUUGUAAACGAGUCCCAAUCGGGGUCCUCGAGAAGGUCGCAACCCUUUCCAAUUGGACUGAUGCACGAUUUAUCACCAGCAGUAGGUGCAGAGUCGGGCGCCUCGGAUGCUGCAACAGCCCAGCAUGAUGCGCAGCACCAUGCGCGUCGAUCACAGCCGAAUGAAGCGAAUAUGGAUCGGAAGUCCAGACAUGCCGGACAGGAAUCUGUGACGGAAUCGAGUGCUAUCGACCCGCUAUCUCAGCAUAUCAUUCAGCGGACAAAUACACAAAAGUCGAUUCCGGUCAAACUGCUGGGUCGGGCCUCGCAUGAAGCCGAGGCUGGAAGUUAUGGCGUCCAUUCGUCCAAGAUGGGCAGUCUCCGGGGCCAGCCUGGUUCAAUUUUGAAUGACACGAAGAAUAAAAAAAAGACUACCUCGUUCCUCAGUCGCCUGAUCCCCGGGAAAAAGAAAGAUCGGAUGCCCGAAGUAGCGGAAGAUGAAGCCCCAGAGCCCGAUGCGCCACGAAUGUCGAUUGAGAAAUUGAGCCCACUAGGGUUCAUCCCUCAGCACCCAGGUCCAGCUAAAUACAUCCGCACUCGAGCGCAUGGCAAGAGAGAGAAAGAGUUUCACCGCGUCUUCCUCGCCCAGGAACUGCUCGCUGGUGGCAGACCACAGUAUCAGACCGCAGAUCGGCGCAAGUCCUCUUCCUCCAGUAACCCGAAUGACGAGUCAUCUGGCGGUGCUAUCUGGGCCUUGUCCUUCUCCAAGGAUGGAAAAUACCUUGCGGCCGCCGGGCAGGACAAAAAGAUUCGAAUCUGGGCAGUGAUCUCGGCAGGCGACCAGCGAGAGGACAUCCUUCACGGUGAUGAGCCAACGCUCUCAUCGGAUCGACCACCGCGGUUCCAGGCACCUGUAUUUCAUCCCAAGCCCAUGCGAAUCUUGGAAGGUCAUACCGGGACUAUCCUGGACUUGAGUUGGAGUAAAAACAACUUUUUGCUCUCCUCGUCAAUGGACAAGACGGUCCGAUUAUGGCAUAGCAGUCGGACUGAAUGUCUCUGCUCCUUUCAACACACCGAUUUCGUGACCUCUAUACAAUUUCACCCCAGAGAUGAUCGCUUCUUCCUGGCCGGUUCGCUUGACACAAAACUGCGCCUGUGGAACAUCCCGGAGAAGAAUAUCGCGUUCGUCACCGCCGUUUCCGAUAUGAUCACCGCAGUGUCUUUCACCCCAGACGGUCGGCAUGCAAUCGCCGGAUGUCUGAAUGGGCUUCUCAGCAUUCAUGACACCGAUGGUUUGAAGCGCUCCGGCCAAAUUCAAGUCCGGUCUUCCCGGGGUCGCAACGCACGAGGAAAUAAAAUCACCGGGAUUGACACCGUGACCGAUCCCGCCGAUGAUCCUCACGGUGAAAUCAAGCUGCUGGUGACCAGCAAUGAUUCUCGCGUCCGACUUUACAACUUCCAGACCCGACUGCUGGAGGCCAAAUUCCGCGGCAACGAAAACACCUCCAGCCAGAUCCGAGCCAGCUUCACCGAUGAUGGUAGGCACGUCAUUUGUGGGAGCGAGGAUCGCAGAGCAUACAUUUGGCCCGUUGAAAUGACACAACACGAAGCGGAUAAGAAAGCCGUCGAAGUGUUGGAUACGCACUCGGCCAUCGUCACCGUCGCCAUUGCGGCUCCAACCGCCACGAAGCAGAUCCUCGACUUGACCGACGACCCCGUCUACGAUAUGUGUAAUCCACCUCCGGUAACGCUCAAGGGAGUCGAAGAGGACUCGCAACCGUCCUACUCCCAGCAGUCGGCCACCACGGCCCAGGAACCACCGAGUCAAGACCGUCCGCGGUCCUCGUUUGACCCGCAGAUCGCCAUCAAUCAGAAAAUGGCCCAGGAGUCCCCUUCCUACGUCGCCCGCUCCAAACACCCCGAUGGCCACAUCAUCAUUGUUGCCGAUUACUCGGGCAAGAUCAAAAUUCUCCGACAAGAUUGUGCGUACCAGAAACGGCGGCAUGAGAACUGGAGCGCCACCUUUGCAAUCUCACGCCGCAUUCUGCGCCGGUCCAAUUCUGCGCGCAAUAGCGUCGCAUCCUCUGGCGGCAAAGAAUCUACCCACAGGACCACUUCCGAGCGAAUCAUCUCAUGGCGCAAUUCAGUCGUUCGAUCAGGCCAUCAUGGCAAUGGGCCUUCGCGCUCCAACUCUCGCACCCGCACCUCCUCCCCCCCCGGUCAUCACCGUCCCUCUAUGCGGUCACGCCUUUCAUCUCGGCCUUCCAGUGUAGGGCCCCAUGAUUCUCAUUCAGUGGCGAUGGCUUCCAGUCCCCCAUCUCCUAGUCAACCACCCAAGAAUCCGAAUGAGGUACAGGCUCGUCGAUCCAACACGGAUCCCUCCCGUCCUCGGAAGCCCAUCAGCUCUCGAGAUAUCAUUGCAAACGGCGCCUCCCAAGAUAACCCUCUCUGGCUCCAAGGCGACCACAGCUAUGCAUUCUGGAAUACAAUCUCGCAGAAUGCGAUGGCGAUUAAAGAGCGCCAAUCGAAGAACCCGCGCGGUUUGAAUCAGAUUCCGUCUCGUGGGGAACGCAGCAUGAGUGUUGCCACGAGCGUUCUCAGCAGUGAGAAUGGUUCGCUCACCGGGGAAGAUGAUCUUGUGCGCUGUCAACAGUGCGGAGGCUCCAGUUUCCGGGCCGUCAAGGCGAGGGAUGGUAGUCAGAGGUUGAUUUGUUUGCCGUGCAAUUUGGCCCUUUCGUGA